GGGGCUCGCCGGCGCGUCCGGGAGCGGCGGACUGGGGGGCGGCGGGUGGCCGGGCUAUGGACCGCUACGCGGGCGCCGGGGACGAGGCUGCGGACAGGGCCCGGCAGCAGGAGCGGCACUACCAGCUGCUGUCAGCGCUGCAGAGCCUGGUCAAGGAACUGCCCAGCUCCUUUCAGCAGCGCCUGUCCUACACCACGCUCAGCGACUUGGCCCUGGCGCUGCUCGACGGCACUGUGUUCGAGAUCGUGCAGGGGCUUCUGGAGAUCCAGCACCUCACCGAGAAGAGUCUGUAUAACCAGCGGCUGCGGCUGCAGAACGAACACCGAGUGCUCAGGCAGGCUCUGAGGCAGAAGCAUCUGGAAGCCCAGCAGACCUGCCGGCCCCACAACUUGCCAGUACUCCAGGCAGCUCAGCAGCGCGAGCUGGAGCCCCGGCAGGAGCCACCCUCACUCAAGCCAUGGCAGGCCAUGGAGCAUCGAAUCCGGGAGGAGCAGCAGGCCAUGGACCGCAAGAUUGUCCUGGAACUGGACCGGAAGGUUGCUGACCAGCAGAGCACACUGGAGAAGGCAGGGGUAGCUGGUUUCUACGUGACCACGAAUCCUCAGGAGCUGACGCUGCAGAUGAACCUGUUGGAACUCAUCAGGAAGCUACAGCAGAGAGACUGCCAGGUGGGGAAGGCGGCCCUGUGACCAGGAGGGCCCUGCUGUCCUCACUGCCUGGGACGGCGGGUUAACAGGUGUAUCUCUGUGAUUAGAUGCUGGCUGCACCUGCUGCUGUCCUCGGUCCAGAUUUGGGGGGGGGGGUCCAAGCAACAGGAAUGGUAUCUGGAGAAGGUCCCAUGACUGAACGUUGAGUAGGGGGUGGGUUCUAGUGCCUCCCCUCUGGGCACACCCACAUUCCCUCCAGGCUUGGCUUCUGCUUGUUCUGGAGUGGCCCUUCCCUUGACAGCCCCAGCUCUGGUAGAAGAGGCUCCAGAACCCAAGCCCUGUGUGGCCUAGAAAAAUAAAGACUCCAGCACAUGG